AUGUGGUAUCGUUACGGCCUGCAAGUCUUCAGACAAUUCAGUGUUAAGGGCCGUAGUGAGAAAUUCGAGAAGGCCCGGAUGGAGGCCCUUAUCCUUUUCCGGCAACUCCGUCGAACUGGUAAUGAUGGAUGCGGCAAGCUGGGGAGGGCUCGGCCUGAUGUGUGCCCCUCGGGGGUCCGGGGGGUCCACUUCGACCAGAAGGAGAAGGCUUGGACGUGUUGGUGGGGUGAGGCUGGGGUUAGAAGGUAUGCUAUAUUCCCUACUGCUGACUGUGGAGGCUUUGAUGCUAGCUUUAAGGAGGCUGUUAAGCUCCGGACUAAGAAGAAUAGGGAACAAUACAAGUUCUGGUUACAGAGGUAG